AUGGCUUAUGACUCUCAUGCUUCACAGUUUCAGUGUAAUCGCAAGGGGCAUAUAGCAAGAAAUUGUACGGAGAAAACUCUACGAGCCAAAGAGAAUGCAGAGGAAGUCAUUUGGCAUGGAGAAGGAAAGAUCAAUGGACACAAUGCGAAGCGAAUUCAGAUAGACAGCGGAGCAUCAAGGACUGUGGUUGAUAGGAAGUUUGUAGCAUUGAAAGACAUAGAGAAGGAGACGAUUGGAGUUACUUUUGGGAAUGGAACUUAUGGGGAGUAUCCACUAGCAUCAGUUCGGAUAACAUUUGAUGGAGAGGAUUACCAGGUGAAAGCAGCAGUAGUACAAGGACUAGCAGAAGAUGUGCUGUUGGGAAGGGAUGUACCACUACACAAACAUAUGGCAAAGCGAUUACCAAAAUCAGAACAGAUAGAGCUACUGAAACAACUGGCUAAAGAGCAUCAGAUUGAUAUUGGAGAGAUUAAAGAGUCAGAAGAUGAAUCAGCAUUAGCAGUGAUGACAAGAGCUCAGAGAAGACAGAUUCAAGUUGAUACGGAGCAGCAUUCAGAAGAGCAUCAGCCAUUACCCGAAAGAUCAGAGGAGCAAAGUGAAGCCAUGGAGCAAGAGACAAGAGAAGAGAGUGAACUGGAGGAGACAAUACUGGAAGAUGAAGAUCUAGGAGUACAGUUUCCAUUUGAGGAGGAGCUAUUUCAACCUACAUCUCGGACGAAGAUAUAUCAGACUAGAGGAGAGAAGAGAAGACAAAAUCAGAAGAGAAACAGAAUAGAAAGUACCAACCAGACUAAACAACUGAUAAUGGACCAGGAGAAAGAUUGCGAGAUUCAGUCAUGGAUAAAGAAGGAGGAUCCAUCACGUAUAGUUCGGAAAGAAGGAGUAAUUUGUCGUACAUGGAGACCCAAGGACUCACCAAGUACCACAUAUGAACAGAUUGUUCUACCAGCACAGUAUCGGAAUAAAGUCAUCAGAUAUGGAAUUCCUGAAGAAAUAUUGACAGAUCAAGGUUCAAAUUUCACAUCAAGCUUGCUGGGAGAGCUAUAUCAUCUCAUGGGGGUCAAAGCAAUCAAGACCAGUCCAUACCAUCCACAGACCGAUGGCCUCGUGGAACGAUUUAAUCGAACACUAAAGUCUAUGCUAAGGAAAGUAUUGGAAGGAGAGAGGAAGAACUGGGACCACAUGAUACCAUAUGUCUUGUUCGCAUAUAGGGAAGUUCCACAAUCGACUCUUGGGUUCAGUCCCUUUGAACUACUAUACGGACGGGAGGUGAGAGGACCGUUAGAUGUUUUAAAGGAGGAAUGGAUCCACAGCACAGAAAUCGAAACAGAUAUACUGAGUUUUGUGAUGGAUACGCGAGAACGGAUGGAAUCUGCAAGAGAAAUUGUGAAGGAGAAUGCAAGAGCAGUGCAAGCUAAUUGUGAGUUUCGUGUUGAUUAA